AUGCCGCUGUACAUUGCAGUCUCAUUUCCUUCAAACGCAAGCCAUCUCCACUCCAGACUGGGCAGAGCGGCGCGGCUGAUCCCAGACGGUUGGUGUCUGGAGGCGUUCACUUUGGCUCAGGGCCGAAAACUGGAGGAGCUGUCCAAUGUGCUCAUCAUGAUCGUGGUGGGGAAGGUGACUCCUUACCAGCUGAUGAAGCACCAUGCCAUCCGAGCGUUCCUCCAGACCCGAGGGUACUUGCUGUGGCCUGAGGACCCUCAGGACCUAGACUGGUUCUACGACAGACUCACGAAUCAGAUCCUCGAAGACAACAAGGUCCAGAAGCCGGCCGAGCAGCCAGCAGAGGGCAACGCUGUGCCCAUGGGGAACAUAAAAGCAUGA